UUCCGCUUUUACUUUGAAUACACACGCUUCCGGUGUCAUUGUAGUUGCCCAGUGUGGGUAACUUGACGCAGCAGGGAUGUCUCAACUGCAAGUCCUAAAGUAAAAGCAAUCAUGAAACUCCUCGGAGCUCUUUAGCUACCGUGUAACUAGCAUCUUCUCGGGCGACCCGUUAAUGUAACACUAGGACCAGUUCACGCACAUGGCGGAAAGUUAAGUUGAAGCGAAAGGCUACUGGUGUUGUUUUGUUGCUACAACUUUGCUCAGCCCAGCAGCCGUUCAGCCGCGACCACACCCUCCCUGCUUCCUCAUACUGCAGCGGGAGCGCGCAGCUAGACUUUGAAUCUCUGGGAAUAACGGCCACUUCUUCCAGAUACGUUUUUGGUGUCGUGGCCGUGGAACCUGCCAAAAGAAGUGAAUUAAAUGUCCAGAGACCACAGACUAGUAUGGAUGUGAGAAGGGACUGCCGGCAGAGGAUAUGCGGGGCUAUAUACUCUCUGGUUCCGAGUUAAGACGCGGAGGAGGAGGUGGCGGGCGGAUAGACAGACGAUGCAUAUGGAGUCGAAGCGACCGGAGCAACUGCUAGCUUCUAACCCAGGGCUCUGCUUGAAAAAGAAGAGGUUGAAAGUGGAUUGAGGGGGUUGUGCUUUUAAACAGUCGCCCUUUCGGUGGAUCUUACUCGUGCGGACUCAUGAAGCGAUGGUGCUGGAGGGGGAACACAAGUCUUCCCGCUGUUCAGAAGAGCUGCCCGGGUGGUGCCCCGUUCGCACCCAGCAUGAGUACGUCAGGCCGGUCAAAGUCUUUGGGAACAAGUCGGACAGGAUCUCUGUGUUUUAUCAGGCUACUGGCUCAGAUGCGAGUGGACACAAAAUGAUAACAUUAGCCUACUAAUUAUAGUGAAAACGACUCAAAAAGCAUUUGCUAAAUGUUCAGGCAAUGUUUUCUUGGCUGCAGCCAUAAAGAGACACCAAGGAAAGCUAUUAAACAAUUCAAAAAUAGCACAGAGGCAGUUCAGCAGAUGUAAUUACAAUUGGGAAUGUGUUCUUGUUUCAAAAGACACUUAGCAUUUGACAUUAUUUUCAUAAUCUGCACUUUGUCUUUAGAAGGCAUUUUGGUGGCACUGCAGUUUGUGUGUGAUUUAACUUUUAAUUUAAAAACCUACUGUAGUCCCCAAAAACCUGGGACUACAGUAGGUUGACUUUUGGAUUAUGUUUUUCAGGGCAUUUAAAUUAAUUUGUCAAUAUAAGAGUAUAUAGCUUAUUACACUGAUUACGCAGAAGUUGUGGGGAUUUUGAUCAUAUAAUAAAAUUGCUAAUAACCGAGGCAGAACAAUCUGGGAAUAUGCCAGAUCAGAGGCUAGGCUUUUAUUGCAAUAUUAGUGAUGGAGAUGUUAUUCAAACAUGAGUGAAUGCAGUAACUAAGUUUUGCUUCUCCACAUGUUUACAUUCAGAAUACUUGUCCUGUGUGUCAGCAUAUAAUAUACAGUUGAUUACCUGUUAUCUGAAGGAAUUUAAGGAAGACUGUUUGGCCAGUUGUUAUUUAAAGGAGUUUGUAAAAAGUAAUGAGCUGAAGCUUAUCUUGGAAAUGUCUUAAACAAUACAAUGCAGUGUGCAGCAGCAGUCAACUAUAAAUAACUGAAACCCCAAAGGGCAGUUUGACCCCCUCGCCCCACACCCCCUUUACAGACUCCCCUCCUUAUUAUGGCUAGUGGUGGUUCUGGCAAAUCAGCUAGCGAGGGAUCAACGAGCACACCCAGUGGCAGUUUGCAACAGAGGAAGCGUCUCUCCUCCAUCUGUGACACAUGUAAGGGCAAGAUGCAGCUGGUGGCUGAUCUCCUCCUGCUAUCCAGUGAGACAAGGCCGGUCAUGACCUCUGAAUGUGUGGCAGUGGCCGAGACCUUUGACCAGUGCCGCGACACAGUUAUCGCCAGGACUAAAGAACUCUCCAUUCUCACCCAUGACAUCCAGAGCCAGCUCAACAUGGGCCGCUUCACAGAGGUGGGGGACCGCCUCUUGGAGAUGGGUGACCUUGUGGUGUCUUUGACGGAGUGCUCAACUCACGCUGCUUACCUGGCGGCCAUGGAGACCCCUGGUUCUCAGCCUUGCCUGCCUGGUCUGGUGGACCGAUACAAGGUGACCCGCUGCCGACACGAGGUGGAGCAAAGCUGCAGUGUCCUUCGUGUCACACCCCUGCCAGACCUCACCCCCCAGCUUCUCCUGGAGCUCUCUCAGAACAUCUCAACUAACCUCAAGACUCUGACAGACAUCUCAUCGCUAGCCAGCGAGAGGUCCAGGGACCGCUUUGCAAAAGAGCAGUUCAAACUGAGUGUCAAGAGCAUGAGCACAAGCGGCACGGCCUUCCUGGCCUGUGUUAAAGAGGUGAAAACCCAGCCCAGUGAGCUGACUAGGAACCGUUGUGUCCUCUUCAGUGCUGCUCUGGUCCAGGCUGUCAGCGCCCUUGUUGGAUUCGCCACAGAGCCUCAAUUUCUGGGCAGAGCGGCAAGUAUCUCCACCGAAGGGAAAGGGGUACAGACUGCAGUUUUAGGGGGGGCCAUGAGUGUGGUUUCAGCCUGUGUCCUCCUCACUCAGGGCCUCAGAGAUGUUGCCCAGCAUCCCGAGAGCAGCUCCAAAAUGGCAGACUACCGGGAGCGUCUGCGUAACUCGGCUUGUGCUGUGUCAGACGGCUGCACUCUGCUCACUCAGGCACUCAGAGAACGCUCCUCUCCGAGGACUCUACCCCCAGUCAACUCUCAUUCUGUGAAUUAGUUUAGGAAGAGGCAACAUGAUUUCCAGUCCCCUCUGUCCUCUUCUGAUAUACCAAAGAGACUCACUUGGGUUAUCCCUGUUCAUAAGGUCAGAGUAACAUCAGAAGAAGGCUGUCUGUGGGCAUGCCCCUGUGUUUGAAGUGUGUUAGGAUGCAGAGGAGCACUAAAACAACUGCUGCAGGGUUUUGUGUCACGCUGGAUGUGACUUGUACCUUGUCAGAUAUGGACCAUUUGAGUGCUCUGAGCUCGAGCCAGGCUCAGCUGACUACCAGCUCUCACUAACAGACAGCCUUCAAACCUGAAAAGUUUACCUCAGUUUUCAGCACCGGUGAAAACACCAGCCUUCAUGAUGGAUGUAGCCUCAACAUGUGAACCUAUGGUUGGCCGAAUUCCUUGAUUACAUGUGCUUUGUGAG